AUGGCUCUUCACUCUAGUGCCUUUUGCUUCGCUGGUGUGGCUUUGCACUCUCGUCAUUCGGUUAAUUUCAGACGUGGGAAUGUUAGAGCCUUUGUUUCUCUUCUUCUCUUCUCAUUUCCAUUCCUCGAUGCAGUUUCCAGAGUACCUAUCUCAUUUCUUGAAAUUGCAAAUGCCGGGGAACGUUACUUUAGAAUGUUCAUUCUCACUGAAAAUUUACUUGCCAUUUGCUUGAAUUUUUUGAUCUGGUUGUUCCGUUGCCUUUUCGCUGUUUCUAUAUGGGGAGUUCUCCUUGUUAGGGAUGUUGUACUUGUAGUUAACAAUCAAACAUUUUCUUCUUGUUUCCAACUUUCUGCAGCUGUUAAAUUUGUUGUGGUUUCUUCUAACUUUUAUGUUGUAGGUAAAGCAUUUUCAGAUAAUGGGUUAAAUGAAACAAAAGAUUCCUUCCUUGUGGUUCUUUUUGGGGAAAUGCUAAUACAUUUUGUCCCAACCAUCAGUGGCCUUUCAUUGGCUAAAGCACCUGCAUUUAAAAAGGCUCCAGGAGGUGCACCAGCAAAUGUUGCAGUUGGUGUUGCUCGUCUUGGCGGUUGCUCUGCUUUUAUUGGGAAGGUUGGUGAAGAUGAAUUUGGAUACAUGCUUGCCAAUAUUUUAAAGGAGAAUAAUGUGAACAAUGAAGGGAUGCUUUUUGAUCCUGGUGCACGAACUGCUUUUGCAUUUGUUACAUUGAGAAGUGAUGGAGAAUGUGAGUUCAUGUUUUACUGUAAUCCAAGUGCUGAUGUGUUGCUUCGUGAAGAUGAACUUGAUUUUAAUAUGAUUAGGAAGGCAAAAAUAUUUCAUUAUGGCUCUGUAAGUCUUAUAACAGAGCCAUGCAAGUUAGCGCACAUUGCAGCAGCAAAAGCAGCAAAGGAUGCUGGUGUCCUUCUGUCCUAUGAUCCUAACCUGAGGCUUCCACUGUGGUCGUCUGCUGAGAGUGCCAGAGAAGGCAUUCUGAGCAUUUGGGAACUUGCUGAUGUAAUUAAGAUAAGUGAAGAAGAGAUCUCUUUCUUAACUAAAGGGGAAGAUCCAUAUGAUGAUGCUGUUGUUAGAAAACUAUUCCAUCCAAAUCUUAAAAUGCUUCUUGUCACCGAGGGUGCAGAUGGUUGCAGGUAUUACACGAAGGUAAUGGAAUUCAGUGGAAGAGUGAAGGGCCUAAAGGUGGAUGCUGUGGACACUACGGGUGCUGGGGAUGCUUUUUGGUUUAUGGACAUCCAAGUGCAAGGCAAAAUUUUCAUGGUUGUAAAAAUUCUGGCAUCAUUCAUCUGGACAUUGGGACCAAAAUCAGUUGAGAAUUUUAACGUGAUUCAAUCCGGAUUUCGCAUUACACGCGAACUUGCUCACGUUUUUAAAAAUGAUACUGAUGGUGAUGGGUUCAUAUCACAACAGAAGUUCACAGAUUUCGCCACAGUCAAUCGUGGCCUAACGCAUGGUGUAGCCAAAAUUUAG